AUGGUGUCAUCCGCAAUUUCAGCAGGAGCGGCUGUGCUGAUGGAGAUGGCUGACCCAGGGAGACCGUACCUGUGCGGGCAGACGGGCUGUGUGGGCUUUGCCAGGUUCCAUCCUAACCUGGUGGUGGGGGGCACGUACUCAGGACAGAUUGUUCUGUGGGACAAUAGGAGCCACCGGCGCAACCCAGUGCAGAGGACGCCGCUGUCUGCAGCAGCACCCACAGUGAAUCGCUUCAACAAGAACUCGGACCGCGCACUGCUCAUCACUGAUAAACACAUUUACAAACUGGAGCCGAGGAAACAGUUCAAGACGCUCAAAAGGACGUCCCUGGACGUGGUGACUGGUGUGAGUGUGAGUUCCGGAUGUGACCAGUUGGUGGUGCUGCACUCCUCCACUCAGGACGACACCCUGCUCUGCCUGCAGGGAGGGCUGCUGAACCCACACCAGGACAGAGUGGGGGAGCUGGUGGGAGCCCUGUUGCACCACUUCACCAGGCGGUUUGUGGGAGCUGCCUUGACACAUCCAGGCAAUAUACGAAGUAGAAAGGGGCAUCCAAACAUCCAAUAG